GCAAUAUGUGGCGCUGGUACCCAGCACAAUCCACAUGGAGACCCCUGAGCACUUCUGCAUCCAGAUAAAAAAUGAGAAGGGAACAGUCAACUUGACUCUCGUGCUGGAACCCGCGAUCAAGGAUUUGAUCCUGAAGCAAAUGACGAUAAAAGAGUCAGAGGAAGAUGAAGAUUUUCUUCAAUGUGAUACUUUCCAGGUUCCCAGGGAGAGCAAUAUUUCUGUUCCAUCGGAAGUUCUUCUCGAGUUCCGUGGAAAUGACUUGACUCACAGUUUCCAGAUCCGCAAAAAAGUGCGGAUUGAGAAACCAAAGCAUCUGGUUUUCAUCCAGACAGACAAACCAAUCUACAGAGCAGGACAGAAAGUUCAGUUUCGCAUCGUUUCUAUGGAUAAAAAGUUCCAUCCCAUGAAGAAGAAGUUUCCAGUUGUGUACAUCCAGAGGUUUAGUAUUAAAACAGCUUGGUUGGAUGUGUCUAAAAAUGAUACUGGCGAUAAAACAUCUGGGAAUGUGAUUUUGAAUUCUGGCAUUUUACUUGACCAGAGACAAAGAGACUGGGGCAAAAGAAAAAAAUAUACAGACUAUGAGCAAUCACAGGCUAUCAUGCCACUUUCAACUCACUGA